CAAUCGUUAAAUUGAGAAGCCAAACACAAAGAGGCAAAUCCUUAUUCAUUACUGAAGACCCUAAACGAAGUUCAUAUCUCUCAUCUCUCUCAAACAUGGCCUUUUUCAAAAAUUUGGCAGACUCUUUUGUAAAAGAAGUGGUCGAUCCAACAGUAUCUUUUGCAGAAGAUUCCGCAAGAACUGUUGUAAGAGAAGUGAUAGAUCCGACCGUAGCGUUCAUCGAAACCCAGAUCCAGCGGCCACGGGACGUCAUUGAGCAAAUACAAAUCCUAGACAAUCUCCUCGCAUCCAACGGUUCACGUUUCCCGGGCGACGACUACCAUCCCACCGACCGAAAAAACUGGAUGGCUCAUCUCUCCGUAGAGAGACUGACUCUUAACAAGAUCGUAUGGCCAGGAACGCACGACUCAGCCACCAACGGGAUCGGUAUAGAAGGGGUAACUCGUCCAUUGGGUGAGUGCCAAACGCUCUCCAUAUACGACCAGCUCGUUCUCGGAACACGUGUCCUCGACAUCCGCGUACAAGAAGAUCGCCACAUCUGCCACGGGAUCCUGUCGUCGUACAACGUGGACGCCGUCAUCGACGACGUCAUCAGGUUCUUAUUGGAGACUAGCUCGGAGAUCAUUAUCCUAGAGAUGAGGACGGAGUACGGACACAAAGACCCUCCGGGGUUCGAGACUUACUUGACUGACAAGUUAGGUCAAUACUUGAUACAUCAAGACGAUAACUUGUUCAACAAGGCAGUAUCCGAGAUCUUGCCUAAGAGGGUUAUUUGCAUCUGGAAACCUAGAGACUCCCCGAGGCCGAGCCGUGGUGGACUUCUCUGGAACUCUGACUAUCUAAAAGAUAACUGGGCCAAUACGGAUCUUCCAUGGACGAAGUUUCAAAGCAAUAUGAACCAUUUGAAAGAGCAACCACCGAUAUCUUCUAGAAGGUUCUUUUACCGAGUUGAGAAUACACUUACGCCACAAGCAGAUAAUCCGGUUGUGUGGGUCAGACCCGUGACUGAUCGUAUCCGAAGGUACGCUAGGCUCUUCAUUUCUAGGUGCGUACCCGAGGGAUGUAUAGAUAAGUUGCAGGUUUUUUCUACGGAUUUCAUCGAUGAGGAUUUUGUUGAUGCAUGUGUUGGGCUUACAUACGCCAGAAUCAAUGGAGGAGUUUGAUGAUAUAUAUAUACUAUCCUGGACUAUGGUUGAUGAUCUCUGUUGUAACAUGUUUAAAAAUGUUUUAUGCUUUUCUUGCUUGCCUUUUAUUAUGUUUACUUUAGGCCAUGUAUGCUUCUUUGGACGUCUGAUUUGUUUACUUUCGUAUAUAUGUUUUCUAAACGUGUAAAGUAUAUAUAAUAAAGUUCGUAAUA